ACUUUGUAACUCCUCAAGUUGGUUGCAAAGCGGCAGUCGCCUCCCUGCCUCCUUCCCGUCCCUCCCUUUGGGUUACUCUCUACCCCACCUCUGGCCCUCCCGCUCUCGGCUCCCUCCUCUCCUCCCUCCCCCGCCUUCUCCCCGCGCGCCACAGGCACCCCACAAAAAUGGGGGUGGGAGUGUACCAGGGAGGGGUAAAGUAAUGCUUUGGCUCUCUCUCUCUCUCUCUCUCUCUCUCUCUCCUUUCUCUCUUUGAGACCUAAAAAAUCUUGACAAGUGAAGCUUAAAGGUGUUUACCUUGUCAUCAGCAUGUAAGCUAAUUAUCUCGGGCAAGAUGUAGGCUUCUAUUGUCUUGUUGCUUUAGCGCUUAUGCCCCGCCUCUGGUGGCUGCCUAAAACCUGGCGCCGGGCUAAAACAAACGCGAGGCAGCCCCCGAGCCUCCACUCAAGCCAAUUAAGGCGGACUCGGGCCACUCCGUUACGUGUACAGCCAACGAGACCGGCCUUAAGCCGACGCCGAAUCAUGUCGAUGAGUCCAAAGCACACGACUCCGUUCUCAGUGUCUGACAUCUUGAGUCCCCUGGAGGAAAGCUACAAGAAAGUGGGCAUGGAGGGCGGCGGCCUCGGGGCUCCGCUGGCGGCGUACAGACAGGGCCAGGCGGGCCCGCCGGCCGCGGCCAUGCAGCAGCACGCCGUGGGCCACCACGGCGCCGUCACCGCCGCCUACCACAUGACGGCGGCGGGGGUACCCCAGCUCUCGCACUCCGCCGUGGGGGGCUACUGCAACGGCAACCUGGGCAACAUGAGCGAGCUGCCGCCCUACCAGGACACCAUGCGGAACAGCGCCUCGGGCCCCGGCUGGUACGGCGCCAACCCGGACCCGCGCUUCCCCGCCAUCUCCCGCUUCAUGGGCCCGGCGAGCGGCAUGAAUAUGAGCGGCAUGGGCGGCCUGGGCUCGCUGGGGGACGUGAGCAAGAACAUGGCCCCGCUGCCCAGCGCGCCCCGCCGGAAGCGCCGCGUGCUCUUCUCGCAGGCGCAGGUCUACGAGCUGGAGCGGCGCUUCAAGCAGCAGAAGUACCUGUCGGCGCCCGAGCGCGAGCACCUGGCCAGCAUGAUCCACCUGACGCCCACGCAGGUCAAGAUCUGGUUCCAGAACCACCGCUACAAGAUGAAGCGCCAGGCCAAGGACAAGGCGGCGCAGCAGCAGCUGCAGCAGGACAGCGGCGGCGGCGGCGGCGGGGGCGCGGGGUGCCCGCAGCAGCAGCAGCAGGCCCAGCAGCAGUCCCCGCGCCGGGUGGCCGUGCCGGUCCUGGUGAAGGACGGCAAGCCGUGCCAGGCGGGGGCCCCCGCGCCGGGUGCCGCCAGCCUGCAGGGCCACGCGCAGCAGCAGGCUCAGCAGCAGGCGCAGGCGGCGCAGGCGGCCGCCGCGGCCAUCUCGGUGGGCAGCGGGGGCGCGGGGCUGGGCGCGCACCCGGCCCACCAGCCGGGCAGCGCGGGCCAGUCACCGGACCUGGCGCACCACGCGGCCAGCCCGGCGGCGCUGCAGGGCCAGGUCUCCAGCUUAUCCCAUCUGAACUCCUCGGGCUCGGACUAUGGCGCCAUGUCCUGCUCCACUUUGCUUUAUGGUCGGACCUGGUGAGACAUGGGACCCGCCUGAGCCCCCGCGCGACCUCACAGCUUCCCCUCUGCCCUCCGCCAAGACCACUACUCGCCCGCUGCCCCACGCGCUUCUACUUUUCUUUAAAAAAAAAAAUCUAUUUGUGUUUAGACCAAGGAAAAGUACACAAAGACCAAAUUGCUCUGCUGGACUCCUUCUUCUUCUUCUUCUUCUUCUUCUUCUUCUUCUUCUUC